AUGCCAUCUUUAUCAGGAUUCUUAGUUAGUUCAUUCUUAGGAGCUGCUGCUAGAAAAUUACAAGUUGAAAUAAUCGGUAAGGUCUACCCAAGAUCGUUCAAUCGUGUCAUUCCAUAUUUAUUAUCCAUUGGGGUAUUCACUGGUGGUUAUCUUGCCAUUGACAGUAUACUUGAACGUAAUAAUGAACUUUUACAAAGAAGAUUAGCUGUGUUACGUGAACAACGUGCAUUGACUGACAAAUUUUUUGAUUUUGAAACUGAAAUCAGAGAAAAGAGUAAACACAAUCUUGGUUCAUUCUGGCAAUACUAUGAUCAAUUAUCAGCUCCAAGAAAAUAA